AUAAAAAUUAAUAAAUAAAACAAAAAUGAAAACUAUUUAGAAAUCUUUGGUCUUAAAAUAAAAUACAUUUCUUGAACUAUAAGAUUUUAUACAAGCAAAUUUAUUGUUUGAAUAAAUAAAGCAUCUCAACCUUGAUUUUGAAAAUCUUAAUAAAGAUGAUUUUCCAAUAAUAGCUUCUAAAAUAGAAAAGUGCUCCAAUCUCAAAUAUUUAAGUCUAAAUUUAUAUGGAUAAACUUAAAUCUCAAAGUAAUUAUCUAUAUUAGGAGCCAGUAUAACGAAAUGCAAGUAUUUAUGCGCUUUACAAAUGGACUUAUCAUAAAGAACCAUUGGAGAAAAAGAAGGAGUUGUAAUUGCUUCUAUUAUAAAAGGUUGUAAAAAUCUUCAAAUAUUUAAUCUUUUUGGAUGGGAAGUUUAUCUAAGAGGUGAAGGAUUAUCAAGAAUAGCUACUGCUUUUUCAAAGUGCCCAAAGCUUACUAAGCUUGUGAUAUCAUUUGUCCCUUAAAACACAUGUUAAAUUAGCGAUGAAUUGUUAGAAAAUUUAGGAUCUGCUUUAGUAAAAUGCUAAAAAUUGUAAAAAUUGAGUAUUUCAAUUAGUAAUGCUUUUUUAAGCGACAAUAGUUUAUCUAUAUUAGGCUUUAAUUUAGCUAAAUCUGUUAAUUUAUAAAUAUUGAAAAUCAAUACUUAUAAUAUAUAAACUAAUACAAAACUUACUUCUAAAGGAUAUUAUGAUCUGUGUAUUUCUUUAUCGAAUUUAACGAAUCUUAAAGAGUUUUCACUGGAUUUCCAUUGGUAACUUGAUGGAGUAUGUUUAUCUUAAGUUGGAUUAGCCCUUUAAGCUUGUAAAAAUCUAUUGAAAUUAUCUCUUUCAGUACAUUUUGAACUAAAAGAUUAGCAUGUUGAAGAGUUUUUUUUUCACAUUAAAAAUUAUAGAAAUCUAAUCUAAUUAGAUAUUUUUAUAAGUGAGGAAAAACAUAAUAUUGAGAAGAUCUAAAGAAAAAUUUUGAAAAUGCCAAGAAUGGUUUGUUAUUCUACUUAGCAUUUACUUUAUACAGAAUUUACAUAAACAGAUUAUUUAACGUUUCCAGCUUUUUAUGCUUUAGAGGAAAAAAGUUGUCUUCAAUAAUAGGAUAGUAUAAAAUUAAAUGAUUCCAAUGAAAUUGAUCAAAUAAAUGAAAAUAAUAAAAAUUCAAAGCAAGGUGAUUUUUAUGUUGAUAAUGAAUAAACAAAUAAUGAACAAGAAGAAAAUUCAGAUUAAAGUUAUUUAGAAGGCUUUAAUCAACAAAGUGAAAGCGAAUAUAAUGAAAACUAAAAUUUAUCUAAUAUUGAAGAUGCUAUUAGUUUUGGAGAUAGUGGUUAAGAUGACGAAUAUAUUGAAAAAAAGUAUGAUGAAGAGCACAAUGCUGCUGAUAAAUAUGAUGAUAAUGCUAUGCAAGAUGGCUCUAACUAAGAAUAUUAAGAUUAAAAGCAGUAAGAUGAUGACCAUCAGUCCAAAUAAUAAUAGUGAAAAAUUAAAUAUUAAUUUAAUAAAGUUGAUCAAUCAAAGAAUCCUUUAGUUUUUUAGAUAUCACAGCGAAUUAAUUAUACUACUCUCUAUAUAUUCAAUAAAUACCAUACAUAUUAUAAUUAAAGGAUUAUUUUUUAAUAAUUAUAUUGUAUUUUUAUUAAAUUAAAAAAAUUAUAAAAUAUGGUGAAAAUUUAUCUUUGCUAGUGAGAAUUUAUGAGGAUUUACA